AGUAUCAAGCAAUAUUGGGCCCAAGAAUGGAAUGGAAGCGUCAAGAGUUCCUGCUUUAUAUUACGCCAGUUUCCUGAUUGACGUUUAUUUCUUUGUGAAUGGUUCAAAAUUGGCCUCGGAGUUUCUAAGCAGGUUCCCCAGCGAGAAAUAUCAAGUUUCCCAACAAAUGCUGUUUAUACUUAAGUUAACUCUGCAGAAAGCUCUUUCCCUGAGUCCAUCUUUUGCGUUUUGCACAUUCGCUGAACAUCUUUUGGACAAACAUUUUCACUACAAUAUCGCACUGGAGAUUCCAUCCUUAGACUACAAAACAUGUAAUAAAAAAUUAAGCAACGUUCUGUAUGUGGACACUUUCUUUCCAUUAGAGCAACGGUGCAUGCCCUGGACAUGGUUUCUUUCGCUCGAAAUGCAAUUCUUCAUUGUUGCUUGCUUGGUUUUACUUCUCGCACAGAUCCACUCAGUCUAUGCGAUAAUUAUUGGAAUAGCCACGUUUGUCAUCUCCAUACUAGCGUCCAUAGUAUGGGAAUCUAAUCCAAUCACCAACACUGAUUUCUCGCUGGACACUUAUAUGCAAAACGAAUUGGCUGACUUCCAUUUGGUUUUCGACAACAUCUGUUUGCGCAUUUCUCCAUAUGUAUUGGGCGUUUGUGUCGGGUAUAUCUUGCAGCGCACACAAUCUAAUAUGAAAAUGCAUAUUGUGAUACAAAUUUGUGGAUGGCUGGCUUAUUUGCUAAUGUUCGGCUUAUUUAUAUUCGGUUACCAAUACGGCUACGAAAUGCUAAUACCCAAUAUAAAAUCUGGACGUUGGUGUCAGGCGAUACUCUUCACCAUUUCGCACGCGAUGUGGUCUCUGAUGCUGCUCUGGACUACUCUCACAGUUGAAACUCAUCAAACUUGGAAACCGUUGAACUUUUUGCUUGACGGGAGGUAUCUGCAUGCUUUGGAGCGUCUGUCACCGGUUAGUCUUCUUGGGGCUCCUCUCAUAAUUCGACUACUCGUGUUCACAGGAGACACACCCAUCUACAACUCGAUAGGACAAACAUUUUCCAUAUUUAUCGGAUGUUUGCUGGUGACGUAUCUCAGCGCACUUUUGCUUCACUUUUUAUUCGAUGGACCACUUUGUGCCAUUCUCCAGGAGACUAUACUUAAAUAGCAAGAAGAGAGCGCC